CACUGAGAAACAGAUGAUUAUUGUUGACAGCCGCUUGGCUACAAAAUACAAAACAAAAUUAUUAUAAUAUUGAGGAAGUAGUUUUCACGAAAUUUGCGGAUUAAAGUAACUAAACUGCAACAUGGGCACCUGGAUACUUGAGGUGGCUAAAAUGGGCAUGUACAUGACAUUCCCCGUAGCAUUAUUUCACAUAUUCAAUCAGCCCGAAUACUUCGAAGAAUGGGUGACUAAAAAGAAGCGCGAGCUCUACCCACCGGAAAGCAAGAGUCAUCACGAGGAACUGCAGCGUGCCAUACGUGAGCACCACCAGAAGCACGAUGCAGAUAUGAUGCGUGCAAUGGAGGAGGCGGAGCGCAGGAAGUAAACCGCGAACUUCAACGAGUAACUGCUUCUUAACUGUUUAAAGAUUGUUUUUGUAUUUAUCAAUUGCGUUAUAUAAGACAAGUGGCAUAUUGAGCAAGUACUGUGGAAAUGCCUUGCAGAGUCAAUAUUGAACUUGUUUUUACACGGUCAUAAUAUAAAGCACUUUUAAAAAAGAAAACA